UUCCUUAUUCCCUUCUUCCGUUGCCUCAGCCGGGCCGGACCCCCGCCAUGGAGGCGAACGCGCCGAAGCGGAAAGAGGCGCGAAAGUCGCUACGGAUCAAAGUUAUCUCCAUGGGCAACGCGGAGGUGGGGAAGAGCUGCAUUAUAAAGCGCUAUUGUGAGAAGAGAUUCGUUCCCAAAUACCUUGCGACUAUUGGUAUCGACUACGGCGUCACAAAAGUACAAGUCAGAGACCGAGAAAUCAAAGUGAACAUCUUUGACAUGGCAGGGCACCCAUUCUUCUACGAGGUGAGGAAUGAGUUUUACAAGGAUACUCAGGGAGUCAUCCUGGUCUAUGAUGUUGGACAAAAGGAGUCUUUUGACGCGCUGGAUGCGUGGCUGGCUGAGAUGAAGCAGGAGCUGGGUCCCCAUGGGAACAUGGACAACAUUGUCUUCGUUGUCUGCGCAAACAAGAUUGACUGCACAAAGCACCGCAGCGUGGAUGAAAGCGAGGGGCGGCUGUGGGCAGAGAGCCGGGGCUUUCUCUACUUUGAGACAUCGGCACAAACAGGAGAGGGAAUCAAUGAGAUGUUCCAGACAUUCUACUCUGCCAUCAUCGACCUGUGUGACAACGGCGGGAAGCGUCCCCCCUCCAGCAUGGGGGUGGGCUUCACUAAAGAGCAGGCAGAUGCCAUUCGUAGGAUCCGCAACAGCAAGGACAGCUGGGACAUGCUGGGAGUCAAGCCCGGAGCCACCAGAGACGAAGUGAACAAAGCCUACAGAAAGCUGGCUGUGCUGCUCCACCCUGAUAAGUGCGUGGCUCCUGGCAGUGAAGAUGCCUUCAAAGCCGUGGUGAACGCCCGAACUGCACUUCUCAAAAACAUCAAGUAGGGAGCAGAGCUGCUGAGAACUGGAAACCUUCCCUUCCUCCCAGCUAGUUCCCAGGCACGGCCCUGGGGCACCUCCCUCCUCCUCAGAUUCAUCCACUGUCUUGGACAAAGACACUCCCAGCGUUGAGCAUGGGAGCAGGACCACAGCGUGAUUGCAAUGAGUUGCAAAGGGGGCAGAGUGCUGAGGAGGGGAGAGGGACCCCCGAGCCUUCCCUGCAUCUAUGGCCUCAGGUUGGCAUAAGUGCUGCAAGCAGUGAAUUGCCCACUUUCCCAGCUGUUUCACACCUCCCACAAGCUACCAGCCGUGGAGGAGGUUGGAUGGGCGGCUCCAGCCUGUGGUUGCAGUGAGGGUAGGUUUGGUUUUGUUGCAAGGCUGUGUAGGAUGGAACUGAAUGAAGGGUUAUGUAAAGGCUGAAGGUGGGAUGAGAUGCACCCAAACCUUGAGCCUUGCAUCUGGCCCAAAAGCUGCUGCACCUGAAAGUGCUGGGGUCGUGGGUUGAGGAUGCUCAGGACGGCAGUCCCAAGAGCUGCAGUCCCUCAAGCCACAUGCUCCUUCCUUCCCAGCCCUCUGCCAGCCAUCUGCACUGCACUGACAAGCUCUGAGGAAAUGCCCUUGUUCCUGGUGGGGGACUGUCCUCAGGUGAGGGUGGCCCUGGCUAUUUGCAGACAGAUGGAAGGUGCUGACUUCAGGGUCCCCCCGGCUUCACCCACACCACAGAGCUGCAUGUGGGUGGUGUUGAGAACAGCAGCUGGCUCUGCACGCCUGCUUGAGAGGAGCUAAGUCCCUGCAUGAGUUGCAUCCCCAAAGGGAAUGUGUUGGGCCUGGCUAAGUAAGACAGCACCCCCAAAAAUCCAGCACCCCACUCACACGUGCCAGCCUGCCUACCCACUUGGCCCUGUUGUUUCCCUUUGGUUAGGUGAGCAGUGGAGGGGUAUGUUCUUCCUCAACCCUGUUUUCUGACAGCAGCUACGUGUCACCCUGCUUUGCUGGUUGUGUUACAGGCUUGUUUCUGCCUCAUUGAUCAGCAAGUGGGUCUGGGGUGCUUCCUCUCAGUCACAGCUGCUGCUUUCUUAGACUAUUCUUGUUGAUUUGAAGAGGAGCACUGCUGGUAACCCCACCAAGUGCUUGCAGAAGGUUGGGUCUGGCCAUUGGGAUCCUGAGGGAGGUCAGAGCCGUGAUGACUGCCAGGCUCAAGUGGGAGAUCUUUUGGGAUCCUGUUAUUUUGUCAGGAGACAGUUGUGUUACCUUGCUGCUCUGUGAGCUUGGCAGAGAAGGAUAAGACACUAAGCUGUGAAACUGAAGCCACUGAGUGAGUGUGUGUGUGUGUGUGUGUACGUCUGUGUUUGUGUGCAUACCUCACCCCUAGAAGUAUCCUGUUCAACGGUUUUUUCCAAUGGUCAGUGCAAUAUAUAUGUAUUUUUCACUUGAAGGCAGCUAAUCUGUUUCCCCUUCAAACUCUUAUCAUAAAUCAGCUGUAGAUCCCCCCUGCUUCUUGGCAGCAAGCAUUAAGGAUCUUUAAGGCCAGCAUCAUUUUGCACUUGCUUUAGUUUCUGGUGGUAGGUUGCAGGGAAGGAGAAACGAGCUGUCCUGCUGAGAAGCACUUUCUGCUCCUCCAGUGUUGAUAGCACACAGGGUGGUGUUGUCGUGAAGGGUCAGUGUUUAAACAGCUCCAUGCAUCCCCUCCCAUAUGUAAAAAGAGCUGGGCUGGGGGAGAUCAGCAGGACAGGGAUUGGAGCUGCAGCAUGUCACUCUCCCUGAAUCUUGUUCCACACAUUUUAUAACGCCGCAGAGUUCACUGGAAACCUCCCCACUUGUCCAGCAGAGGAAACCACUCGAUUCUGGCUUCACACCUAUUUUCUCUGCAGUUUUUUUUUUUUUUUUCCAACUGAGGAGGGUAAAUAACCCCGCUGCUGAAUGGCGCGCUUCACUUUGAGGGUGAGCUCUCAGAGCAGUUUCAAGGCUGCGUCCUUUCCCUCUGCUCGGGGGCUCUCCAGCUGUGCCGUGCCCUGCACGAUCCCUCCGUCUGCCUCUCAGGUGACUGACUGCCUGCUGCUCCGGGGUUCCUCCCAUCUGUUUGCAGAGCUGACCGGAUGUUUGGGGACGAUUAUACACGCUCGUCACGUCUAGCGAUGCCGGUGACCUUCUAAGUCGUGUUAUUUUUAUAAAUUAAAACCCCCCUUUGGAACAAAGCAA